CCGACUUAUUUUCAAAACGUAGAAUCCGAAAUUAGAAUAGAACCCAAAGAAGAAGUUGAGGUAAAAGAGGAAUGCCUUGAUACGGAUGCAAAAUUGGGAUGUUCUUGUACAGUAUGCCAAAAACAAUACACGACAAAAACUUUACUCAUUUUGCAUAACCGAAUUCACGAAGUCGAACCAGUCAAUACUAACUAUACGGUUGACAAUAAUUGUCCUAAAACCUUUGUAAAAUAUAAAAAAGAGUCUCAAUCGCUUGAAGAAUUUUCAAAGCAUGUCAUAACAAAUCUACAAAAUUGCAAGAUAUGUAAUAAGCGCGUUCCUAACGAUUUGGUUUUAGCAGCACACAUGGCCGAACAUACUAAAGGAAGCAAAUUUUAUUGUCCAUAUUGUAAUUAUAAAACGAACGGCGUAAAAUACUUGCGGACCCAUUUAUUUGGUGUACAUUAUAAAAUCAAAGUGAGUGAAGAAAUUGAAAAUGGCAGUAAUCUCAAAGAAAAGAAAGAGAAACUUGAUGUAUACACAAAUUCUUUUGAAUGUGCAGUAUGUUUUAAGAGAUAUCCUUUGAGAAAACAACUGUACCUACAUAAGCGGGUACAUAAGGUAGAAGAAAAAGAAACAGGGUAUAGAGAAUCUUUUCCUCCUGGUUCUUUCACCUGUAAUUAUUGCAAAGUUCAAUGCAAUACGCGUGAAAUAGCAGAUGAUCACAUUGAAUCUCACCAAGAAACAUGUCAGGAAUGCAACCUGUCCUUUCCUAACGCCUUAAUUUUAGGUAUACAUAUGACUACUCAUUACCAAGACGACACUUUUCACUGUAUCCACUGCAAUUACAAAACUGUCUUUGUGUCAUACUUGAAAAGCCACAUAUUCGGUACCCAUUACAAAAUGAAAUCAUUCAAGUGUCACUCGUGCGAUGCCACCUAUUGUUCUAAACGUCAACUGAACGAACAUGUUCGAUCUUGUCACGAUCAUAUGGACCCAUAUGCUUGUGUAGUUUGCGAAAGAAAAUUUACCGUAAAAACCUGUCUUCGAAAACAUCAACUUAAGAAACACAGACCUUUCAUAGAUGACGACAUAAUUUCAAACUAUUGUGUCUUGUGCAAUAUUGUGUUCGGUUCGAAACGGACACUAGAAAAACACGUUUCUGAUAAACAUACAAACGAAAAGCCUAAAGUAGCGGAAAAAUUCGUAUGUGACAUUUGCGGAAAGGAAGUUGCCUACAAACAGUCCCUUCAGCUUCAUAUGAAACGUCACAGCGGUUUGAAGCCGUACAAGUGUAGUUUUUGUCCAAAAACUUUCAUUGUAAAAGCUUUAGUGACUCGGCACGAAGAAGUUCAUUCCAGUGAAAAAAUGUACGCUUGUGAUAAAUGUCCGAAAAGAUUUAGGAUGAGGCGAGGUCUGCUAAACCACUUUGUCAUUCAUAGCGAUGUCAAGCCGUACGAAUGCUCGAACUGUCACAAACGGUUUAAGAGAAAAUUUGAGACCGCAUUGCAUUUUAAAAAUUGCAUUCGCCAAAGUAAGUCAUAAUUUAGCAUCGUACUAUCGAAAUUAUGCGUUAACCAAAAAAAUUAUAACAUACAGGAUGUGCCAGAUAUACAGGGUGGCGCCUCUCAUACGCCGCGGAGGCA